AUGGCCGACGCUCAGUGGACAGUGGACACGGUGACGCAGCAGACCCAGCAGCUGCUGCGGCAGCUGGGGCCGCUGCUGGCCUCCGUGGGCGCCGGCGGCGGCGACAGCAGCGCGGGUGAGCUGCUGCUCUACCUGGAGGAGCUGGACCUGCUGCCUGAGCAGCCCGGCUGCGGCCUGCUGACCGCCCUGCGCGCUGUCGUCGACGCGCAGCUGUCAGCCGCCAUCAGCCGCGCCGUGCGCCAGCUGCCGGCACUGAGCGGCGUCACCAGCCGCUCCGCCUGCCAGCAGCUGGGCGCGCAGCUGCUGAGCCGGCUGGCUGCGCAGCCGGACGUGCAGCAGCUGCGGAACCGGCUGACACAGGUGACGGAGGCCGCCGCCCGGGAGAUGCUGGAGAACGCCGACGAGCUGCGGGAUAUGGUAUCCGACCCGGCGGCGGCCGGCGGCGUGCGCGAUCUGCCGGCGGAGGCGCUCAGCCGCUCGGUGGGCUCCUCGCUGUACGGCAGUCUGAACCCGUCUCUGGUGUUUUCCCCGGCCGACCUGGACGGCCUGGGUGCCGCGCUGGCUCCGGAACUAGAGCCGCAGGCACGCGCCGAGUCUCUGACGCUGCUGCAGACGGCGCUGGCCGCCGGCAGUGUGGGACCGGAGGCCUGGAGCCAGCUGCGGCCCGCCGUGCAGGACGCGCUGCUCGACCCCAGUGAUGAAGUGGCCGGUGGCGCGCAGCAGGUGCACGCCCGCCUUCUGGUAAGCGAGUCGCACUUCUUCAUCAAGGAGGCAUACCUUAGCCUGCUUGAGGCGGUGUGUACCAUCUACGUGGAGCGGCGGCGACGGACCGGCGCCCACCACCGCGGCCUCAACGUGGGACUCACUGAGACAAAGCGCGCCCUCCAGAUUCUGGCCAUGGUCAACAAGUACCAGCGGUACGUGACGCGCGCCUGGCUGCGGUUCCCUGAGCGUCACGUGGAGGAGAUGAUCGACAACACGGUGGACCUGCUGACGCUGGGCGUGCCGCGCGCCGGCCUCUCCAGUCUGUCCGAGCUGUACCAGCUGCCGGUGGCGCUGCUCUGCCUGGCCGACCCGGCCGCCGCAUGGUGCCGACACUGGAUGCACGCCCAGUUCAGUCGGCACAAGCUGGUGACCGUGCUGCGCAAGUCGCCGCAGCUGCUGCAGCUGCAGCUGACGGUGGUGCAGCUGCGCGGCCGGCCGGACGCGCCGCGCGCCCAGCCGCCGCCGGCCGCCGCCAACGCCGCCCGCGUGGCGGAGGCCGUAUCAGAGGCCUGCUACAGUCACGCGCUGCACCUGCUCGUGUGUGUGGCGCAGUACCGCUCCAGCGCGGCGCUGUUCCCCAUCGGCGCGCGGCGGGACGGCGGCGCCGGCGGCACCAGCCUGCCGGAGCUGCUCCAGCUGCUGGUGACGCAGGCGUGCGCGGCCGGCGGCGGGCCGCUGCCGCUGGCGGCUCUGGCGCCGGCGCUGCGCCUCUCCGCGCCGCUGCAGGAGGCCACCCACCGCGGCUCGGCCGGCAUGCUGGCGCGCGCCAUCUGCCAGGCGGCGCCGCGCGCGCUCCGCUCUGCCGAGAGCGGCGAGACGGCGGCGGCGUACUCGGCGCUGCUGGCGCGCCUCUGCCGAUCCCACCUCGGACUGCAGACCCUUGUCAUGUGCGAGCUACUGCAGACACUCAACGAGCGGCUGCACCGACUGGACCCCAACCUGGAGCUGUCCAGUCGCGGUCUGACGGCCCUCAGUGAGCACGUGCUGCCGCUGUGCGGCCAGCUGGCCCGCUACCCUCGCGCCCUCUGCGUCCUCUCCAGAGAGCAGCUUCUCUCGCCGACGCUGCGGUGGCUGGGCGGCAGCGCGGCGCGCGGCGGCGCCCCGCUGGAGGGCCUCCUCUGCCUGCGCCGCUGCGCCACGCUGCUCCCCCAGCAGGCCUGGCUGCAGCAGCUGCUGUCGGCAGCUGUCGAGCAGCUGCAGGGCGUCGACGAGGGCUGGCUGCAGGAAGAUGAGGAGUCGCCGGCGCUGCGGACGGCGCACCUACUCACCUGCUGGGCGGCCACCCACUGGGGUACGUGGCUGCUGACCCGCUCGUCUCCCCGGCCGCUGCUCCCGCUGGAGCUGCGCUCCGUGUUCAGUGACCCCGGCUCGCCGGCCUGGCUGUGUCUGCUGGCGCUCAUGUGUUGUACGCACCUGGAUGGGAGGACACUGUUCAUCACCCUGACCUCGGGACAGACGGAUGGCCCGGCGGCAGCCGAUGUGCCGGACAUCAUUGACGAGGCGUCUGUGCUGAGACAGCAGGCGGGAGCCCUGCUGCGCUCUGUGGACCUGCCCACCGACACACUAAUACACCAGUACCUGAGACCGGAGAGCUGUAAGAAGUCGGGCCUGGGCGCGGUGACGGCGGCGGGUCAGCGGGCGGACGGCCGGCGCGCGCUGGCCGCCGCCUCCCGCCGGCCGCAGGAGCUGGCGCGCUUUCUCUCCGAGUCGCGCCACAGUCUGCACGACGCCGCGUGGCUGGCCGCCUGCCGGCGCGCGCUCAAAUCGACCCUCACCGGCACCGGGAGCGCCGGCGUGAAGGAGAGCCUGCUGACGGAGCUGUUGGACCAGCUGCUGGAGAUGGACGCCGGUGCGGACGCGGCUCUCUCGCUGCCCGAGCGGUGCGCUCAGCCGGCCGUCUCCAGUCUUACCGAGGAGGAUCUGAGCUUCGACACGGACGCCGCCGCCGCCGACCUCGUCAUACAGUACGGCAGCCGUCACCGACUGGUGGCCGGCUCGGUGGCCGUCUCGGAGAGCCUCCAGACGCUGCUGCGGCACGCCCGCCGGCUCUGCGGGGAGAUCAGCAGCGAAGGAGGCGUGCACUGGUUUGCCGCCGGAAUGUUCCUGCUCUACGGCGGAAACCUGGAGCGGAGCCGCCAGUUCCUGACGGCCUAUUUCCGCGUGCCGAGCUCGGCGUACGUGUGGGUGGGCCGCGGGAACCAGGUGGCGCGAUGCCGCGACCUGUGUACUGAUGAGCUGUUGCUCUCGGGGCUGCUGCACCACGUGGGCGCGCUGGUGGAACAGGAGCUGCCCGGUCUGCACACGGCACUGCAGGGCGGCCGGCUGCCGCUGAGCAGUCUGUGCGCGCCGUGGCUGCGCCAGUGCUACCUGGGCGUGCUGCCGUGGCCCGAGGUGCGCCACUACCUGGCGCUGACGGUGGCGCUCGGCGCCGACUACGUACUCUACUUCACUGUCUCGGUGCUGCGCCACCUGCAGACGGGCCUGACGCGCGCCGCCGGCCGGCCGCUGCCGCUGCUCGCCGCAAAGAUGACACCCAUUGUCGGCUACCAGACUCGGGAGCAGCUGCCGUACAUGGAGACCCUGUGUCGCCGCUACCGACGCUCGCUGCUCUCCGACCUGAAUGCCUGUCUCAACCAGUACAAAUGGGGCUACGAAGUGUGAGACUCACUCGGCAGAGACGCUGUCAGGUCUGCCGGACAGUCUGAGAGUCUGACGGAUAGUCGGUCAGUCGUGGGCCCGCGGUCAGUGGAGCCGGGGCGACUUCUCGUCAAGAAGUACAGCCCUCAGCAGACUGCGUGGUAUGUAUUUUUUGUUUUCGAAAAAACGGUAAUAGCUCAAAGACU